AUGGCUCCGACACAACCACCAGCAGCACCGACGACGACUACCGCCGAUGGAUAUGGAGUCGAGGCACCGUUUAUUGCACAACCCCAAGUCGCAUCCUUCCUCGCCGGCGGCGUAGCCGGCGCAGUUUCCCGCACAAUCGUCUCCCCCGUCGAACGCAUGAAAAUCCUCUUCCAAGUCCAAGGCCCCGCAACCGGAAACUCCUACCAAGGCAUGUUUCCAACCCUCGCAAAAAUGUGGCGUGAAGAAGGUUGGCGAGGCUACAUGCGCGGAAACUGGACGAACUGUAUCAGGAUUGCGCCGUAUAGCGCCGUUCAGUUCUGGAGUUACAACGUAUUUAAGAAGGGGAUGUUGGAGGAGGGGGAGAGGGAGUUGGAUACGAUUAGACGAUUGACGGCGGGUGGGUUGGCGGGGGUUGUGAGUGUUGCUGCGACGUAUCCGCUUGAUAUCACACGGACGCGUAUCUCCAUCGCAUCCGCAUCAAUCCCCUCCCUCGAACUCGUGAGGGGAACGGCAAAAUUACCGGGUAUGACAACGACCAUGAAACAAAUCUACCGCAACGAAGGCGGAAUCCGCGGCCUCUACCGCGGAAUCGUCCCAACAACCCUCGGCGUAGCACCCUACGUCGGCCUCAACUUCGCCGUCUACGAACACCUCCGCUCCUUCUUCCGCCCGGACGGCUCCCAACCCUCUGCCUCCGAAAAACUCCUGUCGGGCGCGAUUGCAGGUGGAGUAGCGCAGACAAUCACAUACCCCGCCGACGUCCUACGACGACGAUUCCAGGUGAACACGAUGAAGGGGAUCGAGUAUGGGUAUACCGGGUUGGGCGAUGCGGUGCGGACGAUUUGGAGGAAGGAGGGGGUGAAGGGGUUUUAUAAGGGGUUGGGGCCGAAUGUGUUGAAGGUUGUGCCGAGCAUGGCGGCGAGUUGGAUGAGUUAUGAGUGGGUCGUGCAUACUUUGAUGGCGUUGGAUGAAGCUUAG